CCAAACAGCCCUAGAGGAUAUAUUGAUUUACAGUAAUAUAUAUGCAAUUGGUGCGUUCAGAGAAGCAAAGAGAUGGAGAAAGCAGAGCUGAUCUUCAUUCCGGUGCCAGUAAUCGGCCAUCUAGUCUCCACUGUCGAACUUGCAAAGCGCCUACUUCAUCACGAUGAUCGGCUUUCCAUCACCCUUCUGUCCAUGAAAUCACCCUUCGGUUCUUCCAUUGAUGCAUACGCCAAACCCCUAACUGCCUCUGAAACUCGAAUCCGGCUUAUAGAGCUCCCUCCGGUAACCCCUCCUCCAUUUGACCUCCUCCUCAAGUCCGUUGAAGCCUUUUGUUUUUCCUUCAUCGAAGCUCAUCAAACCCAUGUCAAAAAAAUUGUCACAGACAUUGUCUGUCCUGUCUCGGAUUCGUCUCGGGUCGUUGGGUUAGUUCUUGAUUUCUUCUGUGCUCCCAUGAUUGAUAUUGCAAAUGAAUUGGACCUUCCUUCCUAUUUGUACGUAACAACAAAUGCAGGUUUCUUGGGUUUAAUGAUGUACCUACAAAGUCGACAUGGGCAGAACAGUGCUGAGUUUGAAAGUUCGGAUCCAGAAUUCUUGAUUCCGGGUUUUGUCAACCCUGUUCCAGUAGAUGUCCUGCCUUCACCUGUCUUUAACAAGUUUGGAGGGUUCACUGCCUACAUCAAGGUAGCUGAAAGAAUCAAGGACGCUAAAGGGAUCAUAGUAAAUACAUUUGAAGAACUUGAGCCACAUGCUGUUACUUAUUUUAACAAUGGCCAAAUUCAAGGCCAAAACCCUCCGAUCUACCCAGUUGGACCUAUGCUUGACCUCAACAGCCAACCUAACCCUGACUUGGAUCAAGCUCAACGCGACAAGAUCAUUAAAUGGCUCGAUGAUCAGCCUCAGUCAUCGGUGGUUUUUCUAUGUUUUGGGAGCAUGGGAAGCACUGAACCAACCCAAGUGAAGGAAAUAGCACUUGGACUUGAGCAGAGUGGCUACAGAUUCUUGUGGUCUCCCCGCUUGGCACCACCAAAUGAGAAAGAUGCACUAGAAGACAUGUUACCGGAAGGAUUCUUGGGGACGAUCGGAGAGAAGGGGAUGAUAUGCAGGUGGGCGCCACAAGUGGAGGUUCUAGCUCACAAGGCAAUUGGAGGGUUUGUAUCUCACUGUGGAUGGAACUCGAUUCUGGAGAGUUUGUGGUAUGGUGUACCUAUUGUGACAUGGCCUAUGUAUGCUGAGCAACAACUCAAUGCGUUCAUGAUGGUGAAGGAAAUGGGUUUAGCAAUGGAGUUGAGAUUGGAUUACAGGAGCAAUAGCAAUCUUGUGAUGGCAGAGGAAAUAGAGAGAGCUCUGCACCAUGUCAUGGAUGGUUGCAGUGAAGUGAGGGCAAAAGUGAAGGAAAUGUCAGACAUUGCUAAGAAGGCCGUUAAGGAUGGUGGGUCUUCCAUGCUUUCUAUUGGACGUUUGAUAGAGGAUUUGGUUGGAAAAAAAGUCGAUGUUUGAUUGUUUUUGAGUUUGAUCUUUUACUGUUGUCGAAGAGGAAGCAAUAGCAAUGCUGGUAGCCAUUCAUGUUCAUUACAUUGUAUUUGUAUGCAGAUUUUCUAGCUAGUUGGAUUCCUUCAUCAUCUUUGAUUACGGGACUUGUUUUUAA